AAAAUUCGAUAGAUAUAGCAUUGCUCUCGGUUCUUAUUUUCUCCGGCCCAACAAAAAAUGACAACACGGUCCAGCCCUAUUCGUUGCCAGUCGAAAACGCGGGAAAAUUAGAGCAAUUCGGAAAAACGUAAUAUAGCUCGUAUCGCUGUGAAUUUUGAAGCAAUCUCUCUCCCUCUCUCUCUCAACCAUGGAGAGAAUACAUGUAACAGUGAGAACGAGACCUCUCUCUCCCGAGGACGCAAAGACUAGCCCGUGGCGAAUCUCCGGCAACUCCAUCUCCAACCCUAAUCACUCCUCCAAGUUCGAAUUUGAUCGGAUUUGUGGAGAAGACUGCAAGACUCGAGAGGUCUAUGAAGUUCGUACUAAAGAUAUUGUUGCUGCUGCAGUUCGUGGAUUCAACGGCACUGUUUUUGCUUAUGGACAAACUAAUAGUGGAAAAACACAUACAAUGCGAGGCUCAACUUCUGAACCUGGAGUCAUACCUCAUGCCGUACGUGAUUUGUUCGAUAGUAUACAAGAGGAUAUGGAUCGAGAGUUUCUUUUAAGAAUGUCCUAUAUGGAGAUAUAUAAUGAGGAAAUAAAUGAUUUGCUAGCUCCUGAGCACCGAAAACUGCAGAUUCAUGAAAGUCUUGAGCGGGGAAUAUUUGUUGCUGGGUUAAAAGAAGAAAUUGUUGCCUCGCCUGAGCAAAUCCUUGAACUUAUGGAGUUCGGUGAAUGUGGGUUUUUUUGAACAUUUCUAUCCUUUGAAUUUCUUCUUUUUAAAGUACUGUAUGGUAAAAUUAUUGAGAGUAAGGAGAGAAGUGAAGAUGAAGAUAGUGGCAGUUCUUGUGAUGCUGUUCGUGUAUCUGUUUUGAACUUGGUGGACCUUGCUGGUUCAGAGCGUGCUGCGAAGACGGGUGCUGAAGGUGUUCGUUUGAAAGAAGGUUCUCACAUUAAUAAAAGCCUAAUGACACUUGGAACUGUCAUCAAGAAAUUGAGUGAAGGUGCUGAGAGUCAAGGGGGUCAUGUUCCUUAUCGAGACAGCAAACUCACACGUAUUUUGCAACCUGCACUAGGGGGAAAUGCAAAUACUGCCAUCAUAUGCAAUAUUACACUUGCUCAGAUUCAUGCUGAUGAGACUAAAAGCAGCCUCCAAUUUGCAAGUAGAGCAUUACGUGUUACAAACUGUGCUCGUGUGAAUGAGAUUUUGACAGAUGCUGCUUUGUUAAAGCGUCAAAAGAAAGAAAUCGAGGAGCUUAGGGCUAAAUUGCAGGGCUCUCAUUCAGAACAUUUCGAAGAGGAGAUUCUCAAUCUGCGGAAUACUUUAUUGCAGACUGAAUUGGAGAGGGAGCGGAUAGCUAUGGAGCUGGAGGAGGAAAAGAAAGCCCAAGCUGAACGCGAAAAGAGGUUGCAAGAGCAAGCUAAGAAGAUUGAAAACUUGAGUUCAAUGGUGUUGUACUCAAAUAGGGAUGAGAAUCGUGAUCAGCCCAAGAAGGGGAAGAGGCGUGAUACCUGGUGCUUUGGUAAUCUUUCAAGGGAGACUCUUGGGGAAUUGAAUUCAGUAGUCCAUGCAAAGGCUUCUGCUGUGAAACCCAUGAGAUCUGAGCGUGAUAUGGGACCGCUUCUUCCUUUUGAAGAGCUAGUUGAUGAUGCCAGCAUGGAUAACCCCUGCAAACUGAAGGAAGAAGUCGAAGACUGUACUCUUCCAGAUUCACGUGCUCUGUUACAUGUUACUAACCGGAAAAAAGCACCACUCAGGAAGAAAAGUUUACUUGUGGAGAACACUGAGUUAGAAGAACUACAAGCAGAAUAUGAAGACUUGCUUUUAAAAUUUGAAACUCAGAUUAUGAGUGAGAUAGAAGUUGAUUCCUUAACAAGAAAGUUGGCCGAGGCUGAUCUAUGUCUGCAUGAGAAAUGUAAUGCCUAUUCUACAUAUCAUCUUGAUAAAAGUACUAUUCACAGGGAUGCAACCAAAAGUUUGAGGGAGUCGGAGGCUAUUCUUGUGAUUAAGCAACUCCAAGAAAAGAUUAACAUGUUAGAGGUGGAGAAGUCUUCAAGUCAACAAAAUUUGGAUUGUGUUGUUGAGUUAACAACAGAGCAGAACAUAUGCGCCACGGAGAGGUAUGAAGAGCUUUAUGAAGAGCUUUUAAAUGCACGGGAGGAGGCUAGAAUUGCAUGCGAACAACUUACUUCUGUGGAAUCUGUCAGGACAAUUGAUGUAUGCAUCUUUUGCUUGUUUACAAUUUUGCUGAUGGUUCUUUUGGACUCAUAUUAUAAUAUUAUACUAUUAUUACAAGAAAUUAUGGUAGUUUUUUAUCAUAUAAAUGAUUUUUUUCCCAAGCCUAUGAAACUUAUGUUGUGUUUGGUUGGGGGAUUUGGCAUGAUUUAUUCACAUUUCACCUACCUUUUCCAUUUCCCUUUCCAAAUCCCUUCCCAAAUCCCCCAACUAAAUACAGCAUUAAUGUUUUGCAAGCAUCAUUUAGGAGGACAAUUUGACUCCACGAUCAAGCUAUUACUUGAAGUGCAAGAAAUAACAUCAGAAGUACAGAACUCAAGAAAUCUUGCUGAGAGAGUCUCUUUGAUUGUGGAUGAACUUUUCCAGAGUUUUUCUGCUAUAUUGAACCUUUUCACUGACUUCAAGUCUUUGGCAUGCGAUAACUCGAUGCAACUAAAAUCUAUUAUUAGUAACCAAGAGAGGUUGAACCACUGUAUGAAGCACAAAGUCAAUGAACUUGAAAAUGAGAAGCUUCUUUUGCACAAUCAAUCUGUGGAUCUCCACAGUCAGAUUCAAGAAUUAAGUCAAAAGGUUCAAGAUUCUGACAAGGCAUUAUCUGAACUUUCCGAACAACAUGAUUUGGAAAAGUCUGAGCUCCCUUCUCAAAUUUGAACUCUUGAAAAGGAAAUAUCGUGUUUAUCAUCUUCCUCCUUGGCUAGGGAAAAGGAAAUUUUGAGAAAGGAUCUUGAGAAAACAAAAACAAAGUUGAAAAAGCAUUUUUUUUCUAAUUUGUAGGGUGAAAAAGCAUGCGCGGAGAGAGAAUUAAAAAAAUUGCAUGCCCAAAAGUCUCUCCAGCGUGAUAUCAGCAAACGGGAGUCACUUGCUGGGAGGAAUCGUGAUUCCAUUAUUGACAGGAGUUCAAAUGUGUUUGAUCCGAGAAGGGCAAAGGGUCUUUCUGUUUCCUAUGACCAGACAUUCCAGGAUGAAUACAAGAAGCUAGAAGUUCUUGCAUUUGAGAUGGAGACAACUAUUGCCUCUUUAGAAGAGGAAUUAGCAACAGCAAAUGAGGAAAAAGAAAAGGCCAUUUCUAGAAGUGAAAGUUUGGCUUCAGACCUGCAAGCUCUAUCUGACAAUUUGAACAUGUCAAACUCAAAAAUGAAUAUUUUAGAGGAAGAGAUUUCAGACCUUAGAUCACAUUUAGAAAAAUCAACAUCCUACAAUCAAGAACUAGAAAGCUCUAAAAACAUGCUGGUCGAAGAAAAGGAAGAGUUGGCUAUGCAACUCACUGAAGCUCUUUUGGCAAUGGAGGAGGAGAAGGCCAUAUGGUCUGCUAAGGAGAAAGCUUCCAUUGAAGCCAUAGAAGAGAAAGGAAGAUUAUAUAAUGCUGAGACUAUGUUUUUAUCAGAAGGAAUAUCAGAGGUGAGAAAUGAGUUAGCAUCCUGUAGAGAAGAAUGCAAGGUCCUUCAGGAAAGAUUGACAUGCUCUGAGGAAAAUGUGAAAUUGGAAAAGAACUGCAGUAUGGAGAAAUCCCAGGAGAAUGAUAGGCUAAGAAAUGAGCUUAAAGUUGCUGAUGAACAGUGUAAAAAGUCAGUAGAAGAUUUGAAGUCAAAACUACAAAUGCUUGCUUCAGAGCAUCAUCAUGCUUGCGUGGAAGUAGAGAAGCUUCAGAUGGAAUUCUUAAAAACGAGCUUCUUAUUAUUACAAAGGGAUAAGUUAAUGGCUCAGAUUGAAGAGCAGCAGAGCCCUGAGGUUGAAGUGGAUUUGUGUGGGGAAAAUUAUCAUGACAAUUUACUGAAGGCAAAGUCUGAGGUGGAGGAGCUGACUGGUCGGCUUUCCAGACUGGAAGCGAAAAUGCAGAGUGGUGAAGUCAGCAACUGUAUGGAAAAGGCAAAGUUUAGGAUGAGGCUGCGAGGGACACAAGCAAAGUCCAAUGCCUUUCGAAUUAGAUACGAGGAGGUGGUGAAAGAGUUGGAUGUCAUGAACAGGAAAUUUGAAGAGGCUUCCACAAAGCUCAAGGCUCAGUUGGCUUCCUAUGCUCUGGAGGUCCUCAACCUUAAGAAGCAACUAGCUGCUGUAAGGAGUCAAUAAAUGAAUCCCACUUUCUUAUUUUUAUUUUUAUUUUUGUGGUCUCCUGUAUAUUUGUAGGUCAGAAUAUUUAUGGUGAUCAUGAAAUGCAUAGUAUAGUGACACAUGGUAACAUGAGGAAGGGGAGGGGUGGCGAGUGGUAGGGAGAGUGGUAAUAGUUAGGUUUGCAAAUGAAUUGAGCUACUUAUGAGUUGGCUCGGCUCAGCUCGUUAAAGACAUGAUUUGGCUCGAAUCAUUUAGUAAAGGAGCCGAGCUUGAAUUCG